GGUGACGUUAAUACUUUGUUUGCUGGAGAAAUAAACUUACCAACAAACUUCAAGUUGAUAUUUAUUUGACUCUGUUUAGCUGAACAUUAUGUGUUGAUAGACAUUGGACAAUAUCUAUAUUGGUGUGUUUAGUUUAGUUUAGAAUUCAAUGAGCCUUAGGGUACCUUAUUGUUUGAGUUAAAUAAAAUUAAAAGAUCUUGAGAGAAAAAUCUUCAGUGAUCUGCAAAAUGGCGACCUUUUUGCAAUCCUCCGUUGAAAAAGGAUCUGACAUGGUCCAAGACUUCUUCUGUUCGACCUGCGAAGAGGAGAAACUGGAAGAAUCGGCUGAUUAUUACUGUGAAUCUUGCGUCAAGUUUUACUGCGGAAAAUGUAUUCACUUGCACAGCCAGUUGUUUAAGAAACAUUCCCCUCAUGGAAGGAGUGAUAUGAAGAAAUGGCCUGUUGCGAAGAAGGUGGAAGAUUUCCUUUUUAAAUGUGAUGUUCAUAAGGAAGAAAACUUGGCAAUGUUAUGCAAAGACCAUGGCCAGCUGUGCUGCAUUAAUUGUGCUUUCCUUAAUCACAGGCAAUGCAAAACAGUAAUUCUGUUAUCGGACUUGGUACAAAAUACCUCCACUGACCUCAAACAAGUAUCAGUUACUAUCCAAACUUCUCUGGCAGAACUGAAGAAGCUUCAAGACAAUCAGGAGGCUAGCAUUCAGUCUGUGCAAAUUUCAUAUGAUGAGCAGUUACAAAAGAUACAGGAGACUCGGCAAAAGGUACUUGAAGCCUUGGACGUGCUUGAAAAGAAGACACUGCAAGAAAUGAAAGAUAAUCUUACCAAACUGCAAGCCUCUCUAAAAAGUGAUGUCGACAAGUGUGCCACUCUUCGAGAUGAAUUAAAACAACUUGGAGAUGCUAUUCAGGACAUAAAUGAUAAAAGCAAACGAGAACUAUCUUUCAUAGCCAGCAUUAAAUGUCUGGACAAAAUACAGCAGUUAGAAAAAUAUCGAAAGGAGAACUUUGCUCAACUAAAAUCGUCAAUAACUUUCCAGCCUAAUAGUGAAAUUGUUCAGUACCUUUCCAAGUUGUCAGGUCUUGGGAGGAUUGAACACUAUGCCCAGACAUUGACAGUGCAGGGAUUUCCGGACCAAGUCAUAAGGAUUGAUGGGAAGUCUGAGUAUGAUGUACGCCUGCGAAAUGAUUCAAAUAAUGAGUUUUCUUGCAGUAUCAGAGACAUAUGUGUUCUCCCUAGUGGAGAGGUCCUGGUUUUAGACGACGAAAAUAGAAAUGUCAAGCUGUUAAACCAGCAUUACCAGCUGGUGAGUCACUGUAGUGUAUCUGGUGAGCCACGGUUCAUGUGUCAGAUCACAUCAAGUGAGGUUGGUGUUACUAUCAGUGGUAUCAGCUGUAAAGGGGUCCAGUUUAUCAAAGUGAACAACAACCAGCUGGUGAAAGACAGAAUGCUCGAGUUUCAACAUUGCUGUUUCGGUAUUGCCUUCCACCAGGAAGACCUGUUUGUAACCUCUGGUACUGAACUAUACAACUACUCUCUGAGUGGUAAACUAGGCAGCAAACUUCACGAGGAUAACUCAAAUACAUUGACAGUAUGGAGUUGUGCAGUCAGCCCGACAGGUGACAAGUUAUACGUCACAAACCACUCCCAAAACAAGCUCCUCACUCUGGCCAGGGAUGGAUCAGUCCUUUCCAUCUUCGUGGACGAUGAAUUGGAAAGUCCAGCUUGUGUACAUGUGACAUCUGAAGACAAGGUGCUGGUAUGUGGAAGGGGUUCCCAUACUAUCCUCCAGGUGGACAGCCAGGGCAGUAAGAAGCUGGCCACUCUGGCAACAAAGAGGGAUGGGCUCAAUGGACCACGCUCAGUCUGCUUCAACAGCCACACUGACUGCAUUAUUGUGGGAAUGUAUAACACCAAGAUCUUGGUGUACACAAUAAAAUAGCUUAUCAUUCUUUUAUCUGAUGUGUGUACUCAUAAGUGAUACAAAUUACAAUAAUAUAGAUUUUAGUAAAUAAGUGCUCUGUUACAAAUAUAUAUGUAUUGUGAAGUAAUCAGAAAUAUAAAUGACAAUAGCUGUUUGUGUAAUAAUUUUAUAUAUGUGGAUACUUAUAUUUUAUAUAAAUAAUGUUAUCACUCAUGAUAUUUUUAAAAUGUGAUAUGAUCGAUGUGUAACAAUGAGUUGAUUUAUUCAUGUAUUGCUCUUUAUAUUUCUCUGAUAGAAUUUAGUCUAUGGAAAACUUAUCAAUCGAUAACAUUGGCUGAUAUAAUAUAGCAAUAUUUUGUCAUUAAUGGAUAGUUUUCACAUUUAAACACCUUUUAAAUGCUUUGUUAUUGUCAUUUUUCUUACAGUGUGUAUGAUUGUUUUCCAUUACUUGGCGCUUGGCUAGCUAAUCAUAAUUGUGUAGCAAACGCCGAGAUGAAAGAGAAAAACAGAUAACUGCAUGUUUGUUUUGUAUGAUAUCAGGCCAGGCUUAAAUAAAAUAAUGGAGAAGCUUGCCGAACCUUAAUUUAUUCCCACCAAGCCUGAUAUAUUACAAAACCAUCAGGCAGUUAUCUGGGUUUUUUCUGUUUAUCAUAACUUCGUCUCAAUUUUAAAAGAAAUGAUGAUUUAUUAUCGCUGAAAAACGCUGCAUUUUUAGUUGGAAUGAAUAUAGAUUUGAAAUUUGACGUGUUAAUGAUGACGUCUUUAGCCUUUGUGCCUAAUACUU